GGAGGGGCGAGGGAGGACGGUUGGAGUCGGCCGCGUCUAUUCGGCGCGCGUAUGAGCACCGUGCGACUGCGGGCAGCGUCAAGUCCAUCUCCGCUCGGCCGAGCUCGGCGUCUCGUCUCCCCGCAGAGCACCGAUAGAGAGAGGCGCCGAUAUGGAGGACGUCUGCCAUUACACCCGCAGCCCUGCCUGGGAGGAGCUGGAGCCGGAUAAAGGGUCCGGGUCCGGGUCCGCGGCCAGGAUCCAUCCCCAUGUGGUGGGCGCUGUUUCGGUGUCCGGCGCCGCGGACGAGUCGUCUGACAGCGAGGUGGAGCAGGAGGGACCCCAAAAACUCAUCCGGAAAGUGUCCACCUCAGGACAGAUCAGGAGCAAGACAAGCAUAAAGGAAGGAUUGCUGCUGAAACAGACCAGCUCCUUCCAAAGGUGGAAGAAGCGUUACUUCAAGCUCAGAGGCCGAACUCUCUACUAUGCCAAAGACGCCAAGUCUGGCAGCGCCCUGGCUCGCUGGCAGGAGCGAUCGUUGCGCAGGGCGUCCCGGAGCCGGGUGUGCUGGCGAACUCUGUCAGUGUGCUGGACUGGAGCGCGGCGCUCCCCCCCACCUCUGGGUGCCAGCGGAUCUGAAGAGGGCCUAGUGAGAAUUCGGUCCCUUAUCUUUGACGAGGUGGACCUAUCGGACGCCAGCGUAGCCGAGUCCAGCACUAAGAAUGUCAACAACAGCUUCACGGUGAUCACUCCUUUCCGUAGGCUCAUCCUCUGCGCCGAGAACAGGAAGGAGAUGGAGGACUGGAUCAGCUCGCUCAAGUCCGUCCAGUCCAGAGAACAUUACGAGACGGCUCAGUUUAAUGUGGAACAUUUCUCAGGGAUGCACAACUGGUACGCCUGCUCCCACGCACGGCCCACUUUUUGCAACGUCUGCAAAGACAGCUUGUCCGGGGUCACGUCCCACGGCCUCUCCUGCGAAGUGUGUAAAUUCAAGGCCCACAAACGUUGUGCCGUUCGAGCCACUAACAACUGCAAAUGGACCACGCUGGCCUCCAUAGGCAAGGACAUAAUUGAGGAUGAGGACGGGAUUGCCAUGCCUCACCAGUGGCUGGAGGGCAACCUGCCCGUCAGUGCCAAGUGUGCCGUGUGCGAUAAGACAUGUGGCAGCGUGUUGCGGCUGCAGGACUGGCGCUGCCUCUGGUGCAAAGCCAUGGUGCACACAGCCUGCAUGGACUUGUACCCUCGCAAGUGUCCUCUCGGUCAGUGCAAAGUGUCCAUCAUCCCUCCGACAGCGCUCAACAGCAUCGACUCAGACGGCUUCUGGAAGGCCACCUGUCCCCCGUCCUGUGCCAGUCCCCUCCUGGUCUUCGUCAACUCCAAAAGCGGCGACAACCAAGGAGUGAAGUUCCUGCGGCGCUUCAAGCAGCUGCUCAACCCGGCGCAAGUCUUCGACCUGGUCAAUGGCGGCCCGCACCUUGGUCUGCGCCUGUUCCAGAAGUUUGACAACUUCCGAAUCCUCGUGUGUGGCGGGGACGGCAGCGUAGGCUGGGUGCUCUCAGAGAUCGACAAACUCAACCUACACAAGCAGUGCCAGCUGGGGGUGCUGCCGCUUGGCACGGGUAACGACCUGGCGCGCGUGCUCGGCUGGGGCCCGUCGUGCGAUGACGACACGCAGCUGCCGCAGAUCCUGGAGAAGCUGGAGCGGGCCAGCACCAAGAUGUUGGACCGCUGGAGCAUCAUGACCUACGAGAUCAAGGUCCCGCCCAAGCACAGCUGCCCCGCCACACCCGAGGGCGCCGACGGCUGCCAGUUUCCUAUUUCCGCUUACGAAGACUCCGUGGCGGCUCAUCUCACAAAGAUCCUCAACUCCGAGCAGCACUCUGUGGUCAUCUCUUCCGCCAAGAUCCUGUGUGAAACCGUGAAGGAUUUUGUCGCCAAAGUGGGGAAAGCCUACGAGAAAAGCACGGAGAACACGGAGGAGUGUGACAGCAUGUCUCGCAAGUGUGCCGUCCUCAACGAGAAACUGGACUCCCUCCUACACACCCUCAACACGGAGUGCCGGGUCCUGCUUCCCCUGCCUCACUCCACUUCGCCCAUCGUGGAGGCGGAGCAGGAGGAAGAGGAGGAGGCGGCAGACGGCGAGGGCGAGGAGGCCACCAGCGAGGAGAGCCUGACGGAGCUGAAGGAGAAGCUGGAGGCGGAGGAGACUGAGAAAGGGAACGGUAGCCGCGGCGAAGACGACGGCAGCGCCUUUGCCGUCUUCAGGAGUCGGGAGCAGCUAAUGCUGAGGGCCAACAGUCUGAAGAAAGCGGUGCGGCAGAUCAUAGAGCAGGCCGAGAGAGUGGUGGACGAGCAGAACACCAACAUGGACGACGGCGAGCUGCCGUCGCCGCUGGAAUUCCGCAAGGACAGCGAGGAGGAGAACCGGGACAGCGAGAAGGAUGAGGACACCAAGGAGCUGGAGGCUGCCCCGCCCAUGAAGAGCGUGUGUUCCCCCACCGAGAGGAGGGUGAGUCGCAGCACGCAGUCGUACAGUUCCUUCAGCAUCACGCCCUUCACCACCAGCAAGGAGAACCUUCCUGUGCUCAACACGCGCAUCAUAUGUCCUGGACUGCGGGCGGGUCUGGCGGCCUCCAUAGCAGGAAGUUCCAUCAUUAGCAAGAUGCUGCUGGCCAACAUUGACCCCUUUGGUGCCACCCCCUUCAUCGACCCAGACCUGGACUCACUAGAGGGCUACAUGGAGAAAUGCGUGAUGAACAACUACUUUGGUAUCGGUUUGGAUGCUAAGAUCUCCUUGGAGUUCAACAACAAGAGAGAGGAGCACCCGGAAAAAUGCAGGAGUCGCACCAAGAACAUGAUGUGGUAUGGCGUUCUGGGAACAAAGGAGCUCCUCCAGAGAACCUACAAGAACCUGGAGCAGAAGGUCCAGCUGGAGUGUGACGGCCAAUACAUCCCCCUGCCCAGCCUGCAGGGCAUCGCCGUCCUGAACAUUCCCAGCUACGCGGGCGGGACCAACUUCUGGGGCGGCACCAAGGAGGACGACAUCUUCUGCGCUCCGUCGUUUGACGAUAAGAUCCUGGAGGUGGUGGCUGUGUUUGGCAGCAUGCAGAUGGCCGUUUCCCGGGUCAUCAAGCUGCAACAUCACCGUAUAGCGCAGUGCCGGACGGUCAAGAUCACCAUCCUGGGCGACGAGGGCGUUCCCAUCCAGGUGGACGGCGAGGCGUGGAUCCAGCCGCCUGGAGUCAUCAAGCUCCAGCACAAGAACAGAGCCCAGAUGCUCACCAGAGACCGGGCCUUCGAGAACACGCUCAAGUCGUGGGAGGACAAGCUGAAGUACGACAAGCCUCCCCUGCGGCCUCACCUCUACCCGCAGCAGUCUGUGGACCUGGCCUCGGAGGAGGAGGCCGCCGUGGUGCAGCUGUGCGCCCGCGCCGCAGAGGAGCUCAUCACCAGGAUAUGCGAGGCCGCUAAGACCAACGGGCUCUUAGAGCAGGAGCUGGCACACGCCGUCAACGCUGCGUCGCACGCCAUCAACAAGACGCACCCCAAAUUCCCUGAGAGUCUGUCCAGGAACACAGCCAUCGAGGUGGCCAGCACCGUCAAGGCUCUGUACAACGAGACUGAAUCGCUUCUGCUGGGCCGCGUCUCUCUGCAACUGGACCCACCGGAGGAGGAGGAGCUGUCCGCCUCGCUGCAGAGUCUGGAGCUGGCACUGGGCAAGCUGGGAGAGAUCCAGUGGCUCUACCACAUCCUGCAGCCCAACGACGAGGAGGACCCCUCUCUGGGUUACGGCAAGAGGAACAGUCGCGGUGGCGUCUUUCGCAUAGUGCCCAAGUUCAAGAAGGAGAAGGCGGCCAAGAAGAUCAGCCCUCAGUCAGUGGAGAGAUGGGGCACAGAGGAGGUGAGCGUCUGGCUGGAGCAGCUGAGUCUGGGAGAGUACCGGGACACUUUCAUCCGACACGACAUCCAAGGCUCGGAGCUGCUGCACCUGGAGAGGAGGGACCUAAAGGAUCUGGGGAUAUCGAAAGUGGGUCAUAUGAAGAGAAUCCUCCAGGGAACUAAGGAUCUGGCCAAAGCCUCCAUGGUUGACCUUUAACCCGGAAGGAAGCU